UUAGUAGCUCGAUGUUUUUAUAGCUCUAGUAAUGAGCGACAAAAUUGAAAUAAAUAAAUUAAAUCAGGAUGGUUUGUGGCAAUUUAAACUAAAUAACAACAAUAAUAAUCUUGUGGCGUGCGGCACAGCACACGGAUACACUUGCACCGAUGGCGAGGAGCUGGCCCAGCUGCAAAGGACAAUGGCAAAAACGAAACAGAAAUAUACAACUACAACUACAACAACAGCAGCAGCAGCAGCAGCUGCCACAGCAACAACAACUACAAAUACAGCAAUAUCAAUACAGACAGUCACAGCAACAACAAUUACAACAACAAUAUUAGGCGCUGUUGCCGUUACGCCCACUUAUGUUGCAAGUUUCGAGGACGAGGGCGGAGGAGACGACAGUUUGCCGGAUGACGACGACAAUGACGGCGACUGCGCUGCUGCGGCAGGCAUAAGCCUAGACAGCUGCGAUAAGCUGAACGGCGCUGCCUACGCGCUGCCGGCACUCAACUGCGAUUUGGCAGCUGCCACUGCAGCGGCUGCCUCCGCACUUUCGCCCACCGAUGCGGCCGUUGGCGGCCUCAGCUCCAGUCGCACUUCCAUGAACAAUUCCACAGAGAAUCUGAGCUAUGUUAGUGACAAUUACUAUGCCGACGAUCUCAUACUGCUCGACGACGACGAUGACGAUGUGGAGGCCGAGGAGAUAUCGCUAAACUCGGACGAUUGCGUCUAUGCGUAUCGCGGCGAUGCAGCGGACUUUGAUAUGGCAGCGUUGGACGCCAGCACUGGACGCGGUGGACGCAAUUUGGACUUCGGCAUGGUGCGCGACGAUGAAACGGAUUUUCUUGAAAUGGAUUUUGAGCCAGAUCCAUCGUCAGAGCUGGAGUUUCCAGCCGACAUACAGGAGGCGGCCAUGCAAGCAAAUCUGCUGCUCAUGCAACGUGACUAUAGCCAGCUGCAGAGUGGUCGCCACGCGGCCACGCCCACACAGUCGCGUCAGCUCUACAGCUCGCCCAUUGAUGAGCUGUCGUUGCCGCAGCAGCCGCCGCAGGAAGCGCUGCAGCGUCUAAGUAAAAAGUUUGCACGCAUAAGUCUCAACUUGGAUCAGAUUAAAAACGAUGCUGAUGCCUGCUCCGAUGUAGAUGCGGAUGAGCUGCUGUGCGGCAGCAAGGAUGAUGUGGAUUUUACAGCUGUAGCAGCUACAGAGGCGGCGGCCAACUUGGCACAGUCGCUGCCCAGCACGCUGGCCUACACCAAUUUCAGUCGCAGCACAAGCGUGCCCAGUGAGCAGACACCUUGCAAUUCGAAGCUAACAGGCGCCAAGCCCAAGCGUCUGAGUACGCUAUCAAACUCUUCUUCGCUGGUCUCUGCCAAAAGCGGCUCCUCCUCCAAGUCGCGACGCUCGCAGCCCAGCUACGAUGAGCGCUGCUACAGCUGCACAGACUUUCGUGACAGCUCUUGCUCCGCUGGGCAAAUGCAGCAGCCGACAGAUGUGACACCAAUGCUGGUGGCAGCUGCGGCUGUAGUGGCCGCCAGUGCAGCCAUGGUGAGCACUUCGGCGCAGUUUGAUUUGAACAGCGGCGAGGAAACCUGCCUGGACUGCCUGGAGAAGGAGUUUCUGGCAAAUACCAUUGGCAAGGCGCUGGAUUUAAGCAGCUGUCCCAAAUGUCGACGGCGCUUUGGCAGUCGUGGCAGCAGCCUAUCGCUCUAUACGCGCGCCGAGCAGACGCGCUGUCGCAGCGGCUCGCCGGGCUAUCUGGAUGAAUACGGUGGACUCUUUGGCUGGCAUAGCGCAGGCGUGGGUGUGGGCAUCAGCGACAUGGCACACUACAACCAAAGGUUUAUUUCGUGUGAUAUAAAUAUUGGUAUUGAUAUUGAUAUUAACAUUGGCGGCGUGCAGCUGCCCAAGCAAAGCUUUCCGACUGAGCCGCUGGUGGUGCGCCUAGCCACGGCGCAUAUGAGUGAGGAGCAUCUGGUGCAGGCGCUGGACAAACUCCAAAUUAGUUAUAACGCCAAUCAGCUGCAUAGCUACUUUGAAAAGCAGGAGCAGUCGCCACAGCGCACAGCGUUCAAUGGCAAUCUCAAGCAGCUGCUGCUGCGUGUGUCCAAGCAGCAGUGCAAUCAUCGCAAGCUCAAAAAACUGCUGGAGUUGAUUAUCAAACAGCAGCCAAAGCCACAGCAGCAGCAGCUACAUGUGCAGUUCAAGCCCAUGAGCUUGGAAUCGGCUGCUGAGCUUGAAACUGCGCUGGUGCCGCUUAAGGUAACGGACAUAUUGGCGGCCUGGUCACGCCGUCGCGAUCUCGACAUGCUGCGGCAAUUGGAUGCGCGUUUUCAUCGCGCCAAUGUAUUGGGCAAGAUUGGACAUAUUGUGCGUCAGGCGCAGCAGCAGCAACAAAUGCCAGUCAGUCAGCAGCAGCAGCCACUAAUUCCGCCUCUGCAGCCGCCUCCAAUGCAAACUCAUCGGCUCGUCUGGCGCUGCCCGAGUUGAUAAUGAUACCACAAUAUUAUGCCUGCGGUGAAUUAAUCUUGACGCGCAAAUGUUAAACAAAAGAAAAAGAACGCACACAAAUCCGCACACACAGACACAACCUUAAAGUUAACGCCUGGCUGCAAUUUGUUAUUUUAUGCGCGCCCGAAUUGACAAAGCUGUUUAUAUAUUUCUUAUAAUUUAUUUGUAACAAUUUAAAUUACAAAUUGUUGCUGUUUACAAUGAA